GCGAGCGGAGAGGCGACGUUCUGAUCUUCCGUUCGGGAGUGAGGACGUAGCACUCAUUGAGCCCGAGCCCUACUAUGACAGCGAGACGUUUUGGUGGAAGAUUGAACAGUGCCAGACCACGAAUGAGAGAUCAACCGUGCCGGGAAAAGCCUUCUACUUUGAGCAAUGCCGAAGUCACCUCCUGGAUUCCGAGAGUCUCAGGAACGCCCAGUUUGGGUCUUAUUGCCCUGGGUGCGCCUUCAAGGAACAAUGGAGACAAUACCCCGAAGUGGUGUCCUGGGAUGACUGGAAACGGCUGGAGCAGAAUUGUGCCGCACGCGCGGUGCACCUCUACCAGACCUACUUCAUUGACGUAGGGACCGGUGAGGCAAUUUGCGACCCAGCCAGCAACAUCAAGAACUUCAUCCAGCACUGCGCAACCGCAAGUCGGUCCAAUCUGGCGAAAACUGUUUCGUCUCUGGGUGCCCUACGGGUUCCGGUGAACAUGGCUAUUGAGUAUUGUCAACAAGGGCGAGCAAGACACCUCGGAUGGGGACGCGCUCUCUCUUACAAUGGUCACGUUUGCUAUGUCGCCUAUUACGAGAAUGCCGCCUAUGCAGGGUUCAUGAACUGCUUGUUCGCCCGCGAAGAGAUCACUGAAAUGUGUCGGGGGUCUCCUGAUCCCAGUGAAGAACUCUUGGGCGACAUCAUCGAGAUUGCGACCGGGCUGCUCGUUGUGGCGCUCAGAUUUCCCGGUAUGUUUCCCAAGUGGGGGGGCAAGCAUGUCAUUGAAGCCUGCCUUCGAGGAAUCGAAAGAUCUUUUCAUCGAUACGCGGCUGUGGAAUCAAUCACAUUAUUCCCCACCCAGAACCGGAAGAGGAGACGGCCAGCGGACAUCACUCCGGAGGAACAACAAGGCAUUGAGGAAAUCACACCACUCAUCUCGUUCAACUUCUUCGCUGACCCAGAGCAGACGAGGAUGGAUCCCGCGGUUUCCAUUGCUACGGGGGAGGAGCCAGAGGAGGAAGAUUUAGAGCAGGCUGAUCCUUUGGGAGGACUCGAUGAUGCUCAAUCGGAA